AUGGCUGCUAAAAUCAUUGUUGUUGGUGGUGGUCUUUCUGGACUUUCUGCGGCUCAUACUGUUUUAGAACACGGUGCUAAUGUUCUUGUUCUUGAUAAGAAUUCUUUCUUUGGUGGUAACUCUACCAAAGCUACCUCAGGUAUCAACGGCGCCUUGACCAAAACUCAGAUAGCCCUUGGUAUUCAAGACUCUGCCGCUAUAUUUGAAGCAGAUACAAUACGUUCGGCUCGUGACCUUGCUCGUCCUGACAUUAUUAAAGUUCUCACAGGAAAUUCGGCAUCUGCUGUUGAAUGGCUUCAAGAUAAAUUCAAAUUGGAUCUUUCUCUCGUUUCACGAUUAGGUGGACAUUCUCAGCCUCGUACACAUCGUGGGAAAGAAAUGUUUCCCGGUAUGACAAUUACGUAUGCUUUGAUGGAACUUCUCGAAGAAAUUGCUGAAAAGCAACCAAAUCGUGCACGUAUCGUAAUGAAAGCGCGUGUAACAAAAUUGAUUAAAGAAGGUGAAGAAGUUAUUGGUGUCGAAUACGAGAAAGAUGGCCAAACAUUUAAAGAACUUGGUCCCGUAAUUUUGGCCACCGGUGGUUAUGCAGCCGAUUUCACGGAAAGUUCAUUGCUUAAAAAAUAUCGACCAGACAUAUAUGAUUUACCUACCACGAAUGGAGAUCAUUGUACUGGUGAUGGUCAUAAAAUGGUUCUUGCCAUUGGUGGUCAAGCUAUUGAUCUUGAAAAAGUUCAAGUACAUCCAACUGGUCUUGUUGAUCCCAAAGAGCCAGAUGCCAAGAUCAAAUUUUUAGCCGCUGAAGCACUCCGUGGCGUUGGUGGUUUAUUAUUAAACGGUGAAGGAAAACGAUUCUGUGAUGAAUUGGGUCAUCGUGAUUACGUCACUGGUGAAAUUUGGAAGACAAAAGGUCCGGUCCGACUUGUACUUAAUAGCAAAGCCGCGAAAGAGAUUGAAUGGCAUUGUAAACAUUAUGUCGGACGUGGUUUAAUGAGAAAAUUUUCCUCUGGUGAGGAUUUAGCGAGAGAAAUCGGUGUUCCUGUAUCACGAUUAAGAGAAACUUUUGAUGAUUACAAUGGUAUCGCUUCUGGUAAAAAGAAGGACCCUUAUGGAAAGAAAUUCUUUCACAAUGCUCCCUUGACAGUAGAUGACAAUUUCCACGUUGCUUUAAUGGCACCAGUCUUGCAUUACACCAUGGGAGGCGUUGAAGUUACUCCUGAUUCUGAAGUCAAAGAUGUACAAGGAAAAGUUAUCCCAGGGCUAUACGCUUCUGGUGAAAUUGCUGGAGGUGUUCAUGGAGCAAAUCGUCUUGGUGGAUCAUCUUUAUUGGGAUGUGUUGUAUUUGGACGAGUUGCUGGUGAUUCGGCAUCACGUCAAUUGCUCCAAAAUUUGUCCAGCGAGACUGCGAAUCGUCGACUCGGACAAAUUGCUGGUCAAUUGGCCCCCUAUCAAGCAACUGUUAAUGUUGAUCCUACAAAUCAAAAAGUGCGAUUGGAAAUUGCUUGGGGCCAACAGCAAGGCGUUAGUGCUGCUACCACUCAAGUUCCUUCAACUCCUGCUCCUUCGAAUGAAAAGAAGGAAGCUGCUCCUCCAGUCGAAUUAAAAGAAUAUACUAUUGAUGAUGUAGCUAAGCAUAGUUCUGAACAAGAUUGUUGGGUCGUGGUUAAUGGACAGGUCCUCAACGUUACAAAAUUCCUUCCAGAUCAUCCAGGUGGUAAGAAAUCAAUUUUACUAUUUGCCGGAAAAGAUGCAAGUGAGGAAUUCAACAUGUUACACGAUAAGGGGGUAGUACAAAAAUAUGCUCCAUAUGCGAAAUCUUAUGCCUCUAGUGCAGCUCAAAAGGAGUAUUUAAAUAAACACUUAACGGAAACUGACCCAGAAGUUUUUGAUAUUAUAGAAAAGGAAAAAAGGCGACAACGCGAGAGUAUAGUGCUUAUUCCAUCAGAGAAUUUUACGUCACGUGCCGUUAUGGAAGCUUUAGGUUCUGUUAUGCAGAACAAGUAUUCGGAAGGGUAUCCAGGUGCAAGAUAUUAUGGUGGAAAUGAAUUCAUUGAUCAGGCAGAGAUUUUAUGUCAAAAACGAGCUUUAGAAGCUUUUAAUUUGAAGGAUUUUGAAUGGGGAGUGAAUGUUCAAUCUUUAUCAGGAGCACCGGCUAAUUUAUAUGUGUAUAAUGCUAUCUUAAGACCUCAUGAACGGUUGAUGGGAUUGGAUUUGCCACACGGUGGACACCUAUCACAUGGAUAUCAAACAGAUACUAAGAAAAUUUCAGCAGUUUCAUCCUAUUUCGAGACUUUACCAUAUCGAUUAAAUGAAAAGACAGGAAUAAUAGAUUAUGAUGCUCUCGAGGCCACGGCGUUGUUAUACCGACCAAAAGUUAUUAUUGCUGGCGCUAGCGCAUAUCCAAGAAAAUUUGAUUAUGCACGAAUGAAAAAGAUCGCAGAAAAAACAAACUCGUAUUUAAUGGCAGAUAUAGCUCAUAUAAGUGGCUUAAUUUCUGCCGGUGUUCUUCCUUCACCAUUUGAAUUUGCCGAUAUUGUUACAACCACAACACAUAAAUCCCUUAGAGGUCCACGCGGCGCAUUAAUAUUUUAUAGGAAGGGUGUACGCAAAGUUGAUAAGAAAGGAAAAGAAACCUUAUAUGAACUUGAAAAUCCUAUCAAUCAAUCCGUGUUUCCUGGUCAUCAGGGUGGGCCACAUAAUCACACUAUCACCGCACUUGCUGUAGCACUUAAACAAGCCAAAUCCCCACUUUUCAAAGAAUAUCAACAGCAAGUGUUAAUCAAUAGUCUCGCAUUUGCUGAAGCUUUCAAGAAAAUGGGAUAUAAUUUAGUUUCCGGUGGUACGGAUACACAUUUGUUGCUAGUGGAUUUAAGAUCAAAGAAAAUCGAUGGUGCGCGUGUGGAACGUGUUCUCGAACUGGCAAAUAUCGCGGCUAAUAAGAAUACUGUUCCUGGUGAUAAGAGUGCUUUAAUACCGGGAGGAAUACGAGUCGGCACACCAGCUAUGACAUCACGCGGUCUUACUGAAUCGGAUUUUGAAAAGGUUGCAGAAUAUAUUGACCGUUGCGUCAAACUAGCUAUCAAUAUAAAAGAGAAAGUAACAGGAACCAAGCUUCUGGACUUUAAAGCGUAUCUAGGUGAUGGCUCUAAUGAGCCACUUAUUAAAGAGUUAAAUGAAGAAGUAGUAGAUUUUGCAAAAAAAUUUCCUACCAUUGGUUUCAAUGAGAAUGAAAUGAAAUUUAAGUAG